AUGAUCCUCCGGAGCGCACUAAGGGCCGGUCUCGUCCUCAGGCGGGUUCCCCUGGUUCAACUCAUUGUGGAGCACGGUGAGCCGUACCGAGCACCACACCGGUUUGCUACUGAUACCCGGGAUGUUGAAGAAUCAUCAGCUGUGUUGAAUUGGUGGGGGGUUACCCCAACUGGUCAUGGGUAUCAGUUGCGGGCUUACUCGGCUGCUCCUGCACGUGUUAGGGGUGAGAAACCCUUGGAUUGUGCUGAUGCAGUGGCAAUGGUAGAUGAGGAGAUCAGGCGAAUGAAGAAGAUGCGGGUGUUCUGGACCGCUCAGCAGACUUUCAUGGAGUACCUCCAUGUCACACGGGGGCUGAGCUUUUCGGAUGCCGAACAUAUAAGCAAGCACUCACCUGCCUUUGUGAGCAAGCUGCUGAACCAGGUGAAGGAUGCUAUCAAGGACCCUGUGGAGGGGGAUGAGGCAGUGUUCAGGUCAAAGGUGAAGACAAGGGAGAUGAGGGAUGAGAGGGCCACUAAUGCGUUGCAGCGUCUGUUCAGGUAUUAUCCGAUCAAUGAGUUUGAGCCAUUCUUCGAGAGCAUCGGCUUAAAGCCGAGUGAGUAUGAAUCCUUUCUGCCUCAGGAUCUCAUGUUUCUAUCCGAUGAUGAGACAUUGCUGGAAAACUACCAUGUUCUUUGCAAUUAUGGGGUUAUGCGCACUAAGAUAGGGGGAAUAUACAGGGAUGCUGGGGAGGUUUUCAGUUUUGGUGAUGGUGUGCUUGCAUCUAAGCUAAGAGCUAUUGAGGAUCUAGGGUUCAGUAAGACCACUGUGAUAAAACUUGUAACCUGUUGUCCUGCUGUAUUGACACGUGGCCCACUCGCUGAUUUGAAGAUCAUAAAGUGGCUAGAUGACAUUGGCAUUCAGAGAGACUGGAUUGGUCAAUUCUUAUCUAUAAAGAAGUCGUAUAAUUGGAGAAAGAUGGUUGAAGUUCCUCAAUUUUUUACUGAAUUGGGAUUCGACAAGGAGGGUAUUGGUAAAUUGAUCAGGCAACACCCAGAUUUCUUGUUGGAUGGUUCUGGAAAGGUACUGUUUAGGGCAGUUGCCAUCAUGCUGAAAGCAGGGUCUGGAAAAGAAGAUCUGUUUAAUCUUUUCAUGGACUUCCCAGAUGUACAGGCCAGGAGUUUCGCAAGGAACAUACAGAGUGUUAUACUAUUCUUAACUUGCAUUGAUGUAAGCGAGGAGGAUAUUAAGAAGUUUGUGGUAGCAAAUGCAUCAAUGCUGGGUUCUGCUCGAGUGAAGAAGGCAAACAGCAUUCUUACAUAUCUCAAUGUGGGGAAGAAGCGUUUGUGGAAGAUUAUAAUGGAAGAGCCACGUGAACUGAUGAAAUAUGCAUUAGGGUUAAAGGUCAACCGCCUACCGCCUUGUGACAGGACUGAGAAAUCACUGAAGGAGAAGGUGAUUUUUUUGAAAAACAUAGGAUUUGAGGAAGGCUCUGAUGAUAUGAAUAAGGCACUAAAAGCUUUCCGUGGUAAGGGUGAUGAGCUACAAGAUCGGUUUGACUUUUUGGUGAAGAUUGGAUUUGAGCCCAAGGAUGUAUCGAACAUGAUCAAAGUAGCGCCGCAGGUUCUGAAUCAGAAGAUACAUGUCCUUGAGUCCAAGAUAUCUUUCCUUUUAAAUGAGACAUCAUAUCCUCUAAGCGCUCUGGUUGGAUACCCCGCGUUCUUGUCGUUCACUAUAGAGAGAACCAAAGCUAGGUUUCUAAUGUACAAUUGGCUGCAAGAAAGAGGGCUGGUUCCUCCUAAUUUUGCUCUAUCCACCUUAUUAGCUUGUUCAGAGAAGCGGUUUUUUAACUAUCUGGUCCUAAAACAUGAAAAGGGUCCAGAAGUCUGGGAGAAGUUGAAGAAAGAGAUAGCUGCUGACAAAAGCGUGCACUGUACUUCAGAUGAUUUAGCAUGA